AUUGUAUGGGUGUUAAAUCAGUUAGACGUGCGUAGAAUGUUGUGAAAACGUGAAAAAUUUCUGUGUUAAUAAACAUUUUUUUAAAGUAAAAAUAUCCGUUUGGCAUUUUUUGCAGUGUUUGCGCGAUUGGCACAAGUAUUAACUGUGUCAGUUUUUAUCGUUAAUUAAUAGUUGAGUGACUUAUUAUCGGCGUAGUUCAUUGGAUUAUGCUGAACGUGGAAGCGGAUGGACAUACUGUCAUUGUUUUGCACCGCAGUAGCAUGCUUUUGCAUGUUUUCUUUGUGUUUUACUGCUGACAAACAAUUUAAAAUAAUAAUUUUUCUUUGUCACAAUGAGUUGUGAUAGUUGGCUGUCCAAAUGGAUCUACUGCGUUUCGUUUCCGGAAGAAAACACAGUGAACGAACGGACACACCUGCUCGAAGUGAGUGAACAGACGCAGGAGAGCCCCGCGCCGGCGCCGGCCGCGCCGCCGCGCAAGCCCGACGAGCAGAGCGCGCUCAACAGGAUACUACACGAGACUGCCACUAACGUAAUAGACGUGGGCGCGCUCGGGCCGUACGCGCUUGAACCCGGCGCGUACUCGGAGCGCGUGCGCGCGUACACGGCGCGCGUGGCCGCCGCGCCCGCCGCGCCGCCGCCGCCGCCGCGCCUGCUCAAAGACGUGCCCUUAGCGGAGCGGAAUGUGUUGCUGUCGAAACCGCCCCUUAGCAACGACGAUAAAGACCUAAUAGCGAACGCCGUGAAGAAGGCUGCGGCAGCGAUAUCGGAACUGCGAGUGGAACACCAUGAGGACCUGGUCGUACCUUUUAGGGUCCCAUAGCAACAGCGCCCACAGUCCAGGAGGUCCUUCUGAACCAACACAUAACUGAUUAUCGGGGACCUUAUC